AUGAGACGGUCGUUCUUCAUCACUGCACUUGGCCUACUCAGUGCUGCUGCCGCUGUUGCUGUCUCCCAGCCUGCCCCUUACCCUCUGCGCUUCGAUGACGUCGUCGCUGUGAACGAGGAUGGUUCCCACAGAAUUCUCAAGACGGCAGAGUACGACGCUCUACUUGCGCGUGUUGCGCCCAGAACUGUCCAGAUGACCGUGCCAUCUACUGCCGGGGACAGCGUCGCCCGUCGCGACUGCGGAAGGAGCACGGAGGUCCAGGUCGAGUCCGACGAGGAGUUCCUCAACUGGGAUGUCGCCAUCUCGCCCAUACUGAGCUCCCAUGGUGGCACUGCCACCGCCUCUGUGGCCAAAGGCUACUCCGUUGGGAAUUCAGUCAGUGUUAGCUCAACCGCCAACGUUGCUUUCGCAAAAGUGGCCCUAGGCAUGUCUCUCUCAGUCAACUACGCCCAGCGGUGGACGACUUCCGACAGCCAGACACUCAGCUUCACCGUCCCCGAAGGCCAGCAUGCCCUCGUCGUAUCGCAGCCGCUCGUCCGCCGUGUCACCGGGCGUCUGCUCACCGGCUGCAGUCAUCGCCCGAUCAGUACGCCGUUCACUUCUGACACCUACACUGACCAAAGCUUCGGCAAUCUCGAUUUCGUCAAAGGCGUCAUCCGACUUUGCAACAGCACCGUCUACCCCAUCCCUUACUGCAACGGUCAGGGCUUCCACUACUAA